GUAUACAAAUAAUACACAAUACCAAUACCAARAUGAAAUUCCUUGCUACCCUGUCGGUUUUCGUUGUCGCCUUGCAGGCCGUCUAUGGCUUCCAGCCCAUCUCGACGUCGUCGGUUUCCCGAACGCAGUUGAUGGCCGCCAACACCGAGGAACCCGCCUCCCCGUUGAGCAACAAGGUCCUUCCCUCCAUUGCCGCCACGACCGGAUUUCUCCUCUCGAUGGGAAUCGACCCCGCCUUUGCCGCCAAGGAACUCCCCCCUGACACCAGCUACAUUGGAAAGGAUUUCACCGCCGCCUACCUCCCUGCCAUUAUGGUUCCCUUGGUCGGCAUCGUCUUCCCCGCCUUCUCCAUGGCCUUGUUUUUCCUCUACAGCCAACAAGACGACGUGGAGUCCGCGUAAAUGCGGUCGUGCGCCGCGCCGUUGUGGAUUCGCGGGCGGAGGGAUGGAUCGAUCGAUCGAUCGAUGGCCUCUCUGUCCGGUGGAUGCACGCACUUUUAGCAAUCCUCGGCGAACCGGCCGUUCACCUUAUGCGAGCGGGGGCGGCAUGCACGGGCCCUAUGGCCCGGAGGCACCCCCCGGUGGCUCUGAUGGAUGGUUCUAGCACGGGUCCGGGCCAGCCUGCGAUGUUGUGCGGGCGCCCGCGUGCCGGGAGGCGGCGGUUUCGAGAGUAGAUUGCGCGAGGGAUAAUUAUCAAGAACCUAAUACUAAUAGAAAGAGCAUUGUUWC